AUCCGGGAGAACCAAAAAGGAAGGCUUCCCGGGAACGUUGUCUGUUUGGACUUUGGCAUUGUUACGUUAUACGCGAUGGGGUAUGAGUAUGACGUCAGCGGCAGCCGGAAGGAGGGAUGUCACGUGACUACCGCUGUCGGGUUCGUCCUGGUGCUUCUCGCUAUCCUCAUUUCCGUCGGCGUCGGAAUAAUCGUCCACUUCGCCGGAGGAAGCCAAGAUGUGAUCUGUAAAUGUUCGGCAGUUGACGGAACUGUUCCGUCAGACUCCGGGAAGCUCCUGGCCGAGUGUAAGAAACAAGUGAUUAACGGCGAGACGGGAGUUUGUGCCGUGUGUCCAGGUGGCGCCGGUACCACUAGUACAACAGCGCCCCCUACAUCGACUAAGGCGCCAGAUUCCAAGCGCGAUAACCUGCGCCUGCCACUGAAAGUGUAUCCGCUCGAGUAUGACGUGGAGUGGAAACCCGACAUCUACCAGGCAGACCCGUCACGCUUCACCAAUCAGGGCUUCGUUAGAAUCAAGAUGGAGUGCCGAAACGCCACUGAUCACGUGACGUUACACAUUAACGGGAUCACUAUCGAUAACAGCACGCUCGUCUUCCGGGCAGACACAAGAACAGCCGAAGCUCCAACGAUCACGUCGUAUGACUAUGACCAAGAUCGAAAUUUCGUGAUUUUCCGUCUGAGCGACUCGCUUACAGUGGGCGGAGUCUACUUAAUUGAAAUGAGGUUUGAGAGAGCGCUAAAAGAUGAUCUAAAUGGAAUUUACUACUCACAGUACAAGAAGCCUGGCGGAGAAAAAUCCUAUGUUGUCGCCUCCCAGUUUGAAGUAUUUACAGCACGGAAAGCAUUUCCCUGUUUUGACGAGCCGGCAGUCAAGGCGUACUUUAACAUAACGAUCCUCAGGAAAACCGGAAAGUCAUCACUGUCAUGUAUGCCCUUAGUGACAACAGAAGACAGAGGUGGCGGUUGGUUUGCUGACGUCUUUCAGAAGACUCCCUUAAUGUCGACAUACCUGUUAGCUGUAGUAGUGUCUGACUUUACGUACAAGUCUCAGACUACCAACAACAACGUUACAUAUCGUGUCUGGGCUCGGCCUGAUGCCGUCAGUCAGACCGAAUUCGCACUCCAAGUCGGUGUAAAAUGUCUCGACAACUACGCAGACUUCUUUGGAAUACGUUACCCACUUCCUAAACAAGAUAUGGUCGCACUGCAAGACUUCGACGCAGGUGCAAUGGAGAACUGGGGACUGAUUCUGUACAGGGAGGUUCUACUGAUGUUCCAGAGCGGUGUGUCAUCAGAGGGAGACAGGGAAGAUAUCGCCAGGUCUGUGGCGCAUGAAGUGGGACACAUGUGGUUCGGUAACCUCGUGUCUCCCGCCUGGUGGGACGACCUGUGGCUGAACGAAGGAUUCGCAACAUUCAUGGAGUUCUAUGGAGUGAACCUCAUCUACCCUCAGUGGAAUAUAUUUGAAGGAUUUGUUGUGACACGAAUGCAUCCUGUAAUGGUGAAGGACUCGCUAGUGACGUCGCAUCCACUUUAUGUGCCAGGAAAUGAUGUGGACAAGAUAUUCUCAAACUUCGAUAGCAUUUCCUAUGACAAAGGUGCUGCAGUUAUUCGCAUGAUGCGCCAUUUCCUCGGGGACGAGACGUUUAAAAGAGGAAUGUCGCGCUAUCUGAAGAAUCUGUCGUUUGGAGUUGCCAACCACAAUGACCUGUGGAGUGCGAUAACCGAACAAGCAAACGGAGAUAACCAUUCAAUUGAUAUCAAGAAGAUAAUGGACACGUGGACAAUUCAGAUGGGUUUGCCUGUUGUCAUGGUAACCCGAGAAUCUGGCAACAGAAUACGACUUUCACAGCAACGGUUUCUCGCCAACUCUAACUCAACAGACCCAGGCAACUUUCAGUCUCCGUUUGGCUACAAAUGGGAGAUCCCCUUCACGAUGACCAGUAACCAUGACAACGACUUCUCGAAAACAGCUAAUGACGUCAUCUGGAUUCCGCAAAACGCGGAUGUUUCGUUUGAUGCGUCCACUCUCCUUCCUAAUGGCGGCAACAACGACUCGUGGCUCGUAGGAAACGUGAUGCAGUAUGGGUAUUAUAGAGUGAAUUAUGACUCCUCCAACUGGAGAGCUCUUCUCAAACAGCUGAACACUGAUCACGAGAAAAUCCACCCACUGAACAGAGCGCAGAUAAUAAACGAUGCCUGGAACUUGGCGGGAGCUGGUAUGCUACCGAUGGAGACCGCCUUUCAAACGGUGGACUAUCUGCACAAGGAGAUGAACUAUUUCGCUCGGAUAGCUGCCGUCAAUCAACUCGAGCAUGUGCAGACGAUGCUGAUGAAGACAAGUCUCUAUGGCAACUUUCAGAGGUUUAUGAGGAACAAAGUUAGAGAACCCUUCAGAGUGAUGGGCAUGAACAACACUGGCGCCUCACAUCUUGAUUCAUUUCUGCGGAGCAAUAUUGUGACGUCAGCGUGUGAGAACGACCUGCCAGAGUGUGAUCAGGAGGCCAUUGGGCUAUACAGAGCCUGGAUGACCACUCCCAGCAACAACAGUAUUGACCCUGGUUUGAGGAGCUCUGUGUAUUGCACGGCUCUGAGACGCGGGGGGUUGGAGGAGUGGGACUUCGCCUUCCAGCAGUACACGCUAACAACUGUACCGACCGAAAAGAGUCGACUUCUCCAAGUGUUGAGCUGCACCACCCAGCCGUGGAUCCUUCUCAGAUUCCUGGAGCGAGCGCUCGCCAUGUCGGGGAUCAGACGGCAGGACACCCUCUACGUGGUCGGCUCCGUCGCUCAGACAGAGGUGGGCAACAGUCUGGCCUGGGACUUCUUCAAGACCAACUUCAAGGUCAUCAUCGCAGAUUUUGGGGCUAGUCCAUUUGGCAUACCUUUUAUGAUCUCGAAAAUAACGGAGAUGUUCAACACACAGAGACAGCUAGAUGAGGUAAAACAGUUUAUGAAACGCGAGCCUGACCUUGGGUCAGCCAGAGGUCAUUUGAAGGUUGCGUUGGAGAAGAUCAUGAACAACAUUGGUUGGAUGGAGAAGAAUCUUGAUCUCCUGAAAACAUGGCUGAAAUAGCUGACAUAGCAGUGACACAGACUGACCAGUGUCCAGUUUGAUUUACAGGAUAUUUAAUCAGACAGAACAAUGAAACAGACUGACCAGUGUCCAGUUUGAUUCACAAGAUAUUUAAUCAGACAGAACAAUGAAACAAACUGACCAGUGUCCAUUUUGAUUUACAAGAUAUUUAAUCAGACAGUUAGAAUAGAGAAACAGACUGACCAGUGUCCAAUACAGAACAGAGAAGCAGACUGACCAGUGUCCAGUUUGAUUUACAGGAUAUUUAAUCAGACAGAGCAAUAAAACAGACUGACCACUGUCCAGUCUGAUUUACAAGUAUUUAAUCAGUCAGUAGAGAAACAGACUGACCAGUGUCCAGUCUGAUUUAGAAGUAUUUAAUCAGACAGUUAGAACAGAGAAACAGACUGACCAGUGUCCAGUUUAAUUUACAAGAUAUUUAAUCACAGAACAGAGAAACAGACUGACCGGUGUCCAGUUUAAUUUACAAGAUAUUUAAUCAGACAGAACAGAGAAACAGACUGACGAGUGUUCAGUUUAAUUUACAAGAUAUUUAAUCAGAGAACCGAGACAGAACAAUGAAACAGACAGACCAGUGUCCAGUUUGAUUUAUAAUAUAUUAAAUUAGACAGAACAGAGUGACCAGUGUCCAGUUUGAAUUAGAAGAUAUUUAAUCAGACAGAACCAAGACAGAACAAUGAAACAGACUGGCCAAUGUCCAAGACAGUUAGAACAGAGAAGCAGACUGACCAGUACCAGUCUGAUUUAAAAAGAUAUUUAAUCAGACAGAACAGAAAAACAGACUGACCAGUGUCCAGUUUAAUCUACAAGAUAUUUAAUCAGAUAGAACAAUGAAACAGACUGACCAGUGUCCAGUUUUAUUCACAAGAUAUUUAAUCAGACAUAUUUAUCAGUGUUCUUAAAUCGGCAGUCUCAAAAAUGCACAUAGACCAAAAAUUAAAAAUUACAUUCAGAAAAAUGAA